AUGACAAGACAGAUUGUGUCUUUUGUGGCGGCCGGUCAUGCCAGUGGUUCAGGUCGUCUUGCCCUUACUUGUACGUGUGACUGUCCCCUCAAUGACAAGACAGGGGACACAGUGCUCGGAAGUGGACAAACAGCAAACCAGUGGAGUGGCAUACGGAACUACAAGGGACGGAAGAGCCCAGAGUACGCUCCAGAAGAGGGGAACAAGUACGACGGGAUCUACAAGGUCGUCAAGUACUGGCCAGAGAAGAACAAGAACGGAUUCAUUGGUUGGAAGUACCUGUUCAGGAGAGAUGAGUCUCAUGCUUCUUGGAUUCGUGAGGGCAAGAAGGCCAUUAAGAAGCUAGGCCUCACUAUGGAGUAUCCUGAUGGCUACCUCGAGGCUCAGGCUGCCAAAAAACAGAGCAAAGAAGCGGAGGCUGAUGGUGGGGUGGGGUCAGAUGAGGAGGCAGCUAGCUAGACAAGGGGAAGAGCUAGGGGACGAAAGAGAAAGGCCC